AUGGGCUCGGUGGCUCAAGCACUUUGGAUUGAAGUCACAUCCACGAGCUUCCCACCGACCAAGCUCUCGGUGACAGGGGAGCUACCAUCGGACCUUACGAAGCCUACUAUUAUCAUUUCGAACCACCAGGUAGACGCCGAUUGGUGGUAUAUUUGGCAGGCUGCACGCCAUCAAAAGGCAGCGGGAAACAUUAAGAUUGUGCUAAAGGACCAGCUCAAGUAUCUGCCCAUCAUCGGCUGGGGCAUGCGUCUCUUCCAGUUUCUCUUCCUACGACGUCGUAUUGAUCAGGAUCAAGAGCAUAUUGAACGAUACAUGCAUGGACUCAUUACUGAUGGUGUUCCAUUUUGGCUCGUGUUAUUUCCCGAAGGAACGACUAUCCACAGUGAAUACGUGACAAAAUCACAGGCUUUUGCAAUGCGAGAAGGUCGUCCCAAGUUUGAAAGGGUCUUACUGCCACGUACGACGGGGUUACAGAUUAUUUUGGAUGCUGUGGCUGAUGUGAAGCCGGAUAUCUACGACCUUACACUGGCAUUCCCAUCGUAUUCGGGUGAAGUGCCAACGUUUGACAUGGGCUACGGACGUAAAAUUGAUACAGAAGUACCAUCAAUGAAGUCGUUGGUGGCGGGAAAACAACCUGCAGGAAGUGUGGCAAUACAUUCACGGAAAUUUAGCUAUGAAGAUGCGACGGUGGAUUUGCAGGAAUUUCUAGAUGCACGCUGGAAGGAAAAAGAAGAACGACUGAACUACUUUAUUGAACACCAUCGUUUUCCUGGUGAAGAGAAGACAGUGGAGAUAGAGCUACCGAGGUCAAUUGGUGCGGUAUUUCGACUAUGGUUGGGCAUUAUUUCUUCGUGCAUUAUGCUACCUGUUGUUAUGAUGCUCUUCUUUCCACUGUACUUUAUCUGGGUCGUUUAUUGCUUCGUGUACUCGGUCUACGACCGCACUACAAACUUCUGGUGGCCAUACAUUUUCAAUUUACUUGUCGAGCGCGCCGCAAAGACACACGGCCAUUUCAAGCGACAACAAGCCAAGUAUCUGUGA